AUGGAGGCAUUCCGUAGCGACUUCGCGACAUUCAUCUGGACCUAUACCUUUAGUGCCUCUUCGAAAACAAGAGAGGAUUCCUACGCGUCGCAUUUGAAGAGGCAUGAGAGCAAGCGAACACAAGCAUCGUGGUCUGCUACGCGCACCAUUACCACGGAUACAGCAGACGCCAAAGCGCUUCCUGUCACUGCCACAUGUCUUGGCUGA